AUGUACUGCCAACUCCACCGCCCCGUCACGUCGGGCUCGCAGGUCGCCUGCGCGCUCGGCCACAUUGGUGACCGCAUCUACUGGAUCCAAAAGGGCUUUUUCUUGCCCGACGCCCUCGGCAUCGUCCCGCCACCCUACUUCCCCAUCCUGCACGUCGGCAUCACGGCGCUCGUCUCCAUCCUGCUCUUCAAGGCGAUUGUCCUGGACCCGCUGCAGGAGCUCAACUGCCUCAGCGUCCUGCGCCGCCGCAGUGCCUUCAACGCCAAGCUCAGCGGCCCCGGCGGCAAUUUCUUCCUCCAGCGGUACUGGCGACAGGUGCUGCGGACGUUUUGUGAAAUCUUCAUCGUCUCGUCCAUGCUCAACAUCAUCUUUUUGUUCAUCUUCCGGAACAACGAAACCGCCGUCGCCGGCGACCAGAACCCCGACAUCUACUCCCAGGUCAUGCGUAACAAGCUGAACCGCUACGGCAUCAUCUUCUGA